ACUUGAAUUGUUGUGUGGAAUGGAAAGAAAUAAACUGCAAGGAAAAGUCAGAAAAAGUCUCACACAAGUGUUGAACAUUGUUUCCCUAACGUUUCAAAGAGGACAGGAAGAAGAGAUGCAAAGUCCAACAAAAAAAAGAUGGAAAGAAGUUGACAGAAGAGGAGGAAAGAUUCCAAAAAGUAGGAGUGGUUGACAUGGGAGAGGAGGAAGAGGAAGAGUGGGAGGGAUGAGGUGGAACAUAAAGUGGUGAGGAAGCACAGCUGAGAGUGGACAAAACUGCUGCUGCUAUCAGCACAUAGCAGACAUACACGCACGCUAUGAUUACAAGGCAUUGGCCCAAGACCUCCUCGGCAGUCCAAGAUGAGACUUCUGAGCUGAGGAAGUGUUGGAUGUGGGACUAAUUUCUUCUUUUUUCUUCUUCUCCAUGCACACAGGAUGUCAGUAAAGCUGCGAUUCGACUCGCCCGCCGAUGGAAGUUCAGUCCAGCGGAGUCGCUCCUUCACUGGGUUCAACUCUCUGACGGGACGACGGCGGCCUUCCUCCGUGCGGAACUCUCUGCGCUCCAAAGGUGUGUCUGGGGGAAAAACUCCACGAGCUUCUUUGUCUCCCAGAAGAGAACUUGGAUCCGUCUGGUCCCUGCAGCCAGAGGAGGUGGACCAAGUCUUCCAGGCGCUCAGCAAAGGCCUCAGAGAGCAUGUGCAGUGCCACCAGGCUGAGAUGGACUUCCUGUCUUCACGCCAGAGAGAGAGUAAAAGAAACUCCAGAUUGGCCUUUUUCUACGACCUGGACAAGGAGAUACGAGCCCAGGAAAGACACGUACGAAGGCUGGAAUUCCAAAUCAGCAAGGUGGACGAGCUGUACGAGAACUACUGCGUCCAGUGGCGCCUGUGUCAGGGAGUUGUCAACAUGAAACGAGCUUUCUCGCUCUCGCCGUCCUCCAGGGCGUCCAGAGAGAGUCUUUUGGAGCUGGGCCGCAACCACAGACACAGUGUGCAGGACAUGUCGGCCAUGGAGGGUGAGCUGGAGGUCCUCCUGGGAGAGCUCCACGUCAAAAUGAAAGGGCUCAUCGGCUUUGCUCGACUCUGCCCCGGCGACCAGUAUGAGGUGCUGCUGCAAUUGGGCCGCCAGCGUUGGAAGAUCCGAGGCAGGAUUGAAAGUGACAAUGUCCAGUCUUGGGACGAAGAAGAGAUGGUCUUCCUCCCGCACAUCAACCACAACUUUGAGAUUAAGGUAUCGGAGGCCAAGGGUUUGGGCUGGCUGCCGGUUGGUACAGUAACCUGUGCCAGCGCUCACUUCUUUGUGGCUAGUCCUCAGCUGAUGUUGAUGGACAUCACCGAGCUGGGAACCAUCAAACUGCAGCUGGAGGUUACCUGGAAUCCGUUGGACAGCGCUGAGAGGGCGGGUCCUUUGUCCAUCAGCAAACAGUUGGGGUCCAACAGGAAAACUUCUGUGCAGAGUUGGACUGCACCGAGCACGCCGUCCUUCUCUGAAAAGUACUUCCUGUCCAUGGUCCGUGAGAUGCAGGAUGGCAGCGCUUCUGUCCCGUUCCCCAUGUCUAAAAAAGACAGGGGAGACGUGUCCCUGCUGAGCUACCUCUCCCAGUCAUCCAUCGCGUCAAAUUUCAGCCAACCAAGUCCAGCUCUCCUUAGCCGUGACACCAGUCUAGGAGGUAGUCGGACUCAUGUCUCGCUGGAGGAGGAAGGGGAGGAUGCACUGAAGGAAACGGAGAAGAGGAAGAGUCUCGGUGAGGAGGGGAAGGAUGGGGAGAAGACAUGGACUGGGGAGUAUGCUGCUCAGCAUACAAGAGCUUCUGGGAUGUACCUGCAGAGGUGCAGCACCCCCGACAUCCUCAAAGCCAACACAGAUCCACAGCUGGAGACUGAGGGCUCCGAGCCUCAUCAAAGUUUUGUCGGCAAGCAGGACGCCUCGCCCCCGGCUGCCACGCAUCCCCCAGCAGCUGCUGAGGCGCCGGAGUGGGAGAGUCAGAGCAAAACCCAGGAGCAGGCACUGCGACUGGGAUUGCUGAUUGCAGACCUUGAGGGAACCUUGCAGAACCAGUCCAGCUAUGAGAAGGAGCUAAGAGUCCUAAACCAGCAGAUCGUUCACCUGGCCACCAUACUGAGAAAUGACCUGUCCCUGAUGAGAAGCUCGUCAUCAGAACACACCUUGGCUGUUGCGGAAGUUCUCUGCAGCUUUGACUUCCUGUCAAAUGACGUCAAUGCGGACGAUGAAACUUCUGGGUGAGUUGCUGUGCAGGGAGGCAUUAAAAAGCAACAAUCGCAGCAAACCUUGUUCUCCUCAAACAUUGUGACUUGUCUAAGUAGGGCUUGUGGGGAAGAGUUGCUCAUUGCUCCUCUGACUUGUGGGAACUGUGGUCUAGAUCAGGCUCUGGAGAUUCACCUGGACACCUGCUGCAUCUUACUUCAGACGCUCCAGAGGAGCCACUUAAGUGCCGCCCGGAGAGAUCUACUGGAGGACGUGUCUCUUCAGGCCGACAUUGUGCAGCAAAUCAGCUGUUUGCUGCUAGAGAAGAAAGACGAUAUCUCUACAAGAGAGUUGCUGCUGGAGGCUGAGAGGGGGGUGCUGCACUUCUGGGAGGACUGCCUCAGUGACACCACAUCGCCAUUCUGCUGCCGCUCGGACGACUUUGUCACAGCGCUCAAGAAGAACUACUCCCACAAAGUCAAGUCCAAGGUCAGGGUCAAGCAGCCAGGACACUCUGAAAGAGUGUUCAGUGGGCUGGUGCAGGAGGUACAGGCGGCCAGCAGGGCGGCGCUGUGGCCUCCCCAGCCGCCAUGCAGCUCGGACAAGGUGAGCGUUUUCCAGCUGUCUCUCUACCUGCGACGCUGCAGCAUCAGCACGCUGGGAGAACAUGUGACCCGCCUCUCCAAAGAAGAGUACUUUCUGUCCGCCAUGAGGGGACCCAAGCGGAGAAAAGCGUUAAACAGGAUGAGGGGGCGUGGCAUCGCAGAGCUCCUCCCACUGGGACGCACGCUGCAGACGCUUGCAGGGCUGCAGCUGGACGCAAACAACAAAGUGUGCAAAGCUGCAGCGGAGUGCCUGAAACGGGGCGCCAGCUGCGGCGCGUUCCGCUCUAAGGCGGUGGUUUACUACACGGAGAGUUUGAGGAGCACCGACGUUCAAAUCCAGCUAAGCUCCUGUUUGGCGCUCAAACGUUUGAUGGCCACAGAGAGCGUGGAUCACAUCGCAGAGCUGUGGAGGUCAGCUGAUGAUGACGUCCGCAGUGCGGUCAAGGAGGCAAUUCUGUCUUUUGGUGGCAAAGGUCACGAGGCCUUCCAGAGGAUGGAGCAUCUGGACAUGUUAAUGCAGGAGGAGUUCUACCAGAACCUGGAGACCGAGAUCACCGUCCUAUAGGAACAACUUUCUUAUGUUUCCUCUGUGUUAGUGUGGACUGACAAAGAACAACAAGCACAUGAGAGGAAAAAGGACACAUUUUUAAAGAUGUUUAACAGCAUGCAAUUUUUUUCUCAAACACUAUUUGUAGGCCAUUUAUUUUGACACUUCUUGUCGAACCCAAAGUGUAUUUUGAAAGCCCGACGAAAAGGAACACUUGCGGUUUCACAUCGCAGAGAUACAGAAAAUGACUGUCGAAAGUUACUUAGUCACGUUGAAAGUGGAAGCUACGAGGACAAGCGGUAGAAAGUGGAUGGGAUGGAUGGGUAAGUCCGGGUCCAUGUACCUUUUGUUCAUUCUAUUCCCAAUUCCAUCCAUCCAUUUUCUACUGCUUAUUCCCUUUUGGGGUCGCAGGGGGCGCUGACGCCUAUCUCAGCUACAAUCAGGCGGAAGGUGGUGU